UCAUGUAUCGAUGAAGUACUGCAUCAUUUGGUUGACCAUAUUGUAAUAGCUCACUGAGGGUGCUGGCCAGCAUGGAGGAGAGCAAAUUGAUUUUCAGCCUGGACAGCCACGAUGAUGGUCCUGUUGUGGCCUUUUCCAAAGACAAACUUCCAGUCAUGGAAAGCAGGCAUGAGCUUGUCCAGGGUAUUGGCCUAGACAUAAGUCAAGACCACAGUUCAGAGCGUUGCCUCCUGCCUCACUCCCCAUCCUCCCCAGGGUCUCUAGCUGAUCUAUCAACUUCAUCAGCGUGUCUGCUUGUCACCAACAACCUGGUCAAAUCCUCUUCCACAGAUCUAGAACCCAGAGAGGGCAGCUCUCUAAGAGGCAAACCUCUUCUCAGCCUUGUAAAAUCCCUGAGCACAGAGAUCUCCCGUCGUGUUGAGCCAGAGGUCAACCUCUCCAAGUCAGACUCCAAACUCUGUCUGCAUGCGUGGAAGCAGUUUACUCAACCAAAGAUCCCAGAGACCAGGCCUGAAGAAGUAGAACUGACUGAGAGUUAUGGCUGGGCUUCACUUCCUUCUCCAGGCAGCACAUCGCCCCCUGAGCCCCGGGGCAGCUCGCUGAUUGCUGAGCUUGAGGACACUCGGAGAAAGUUCUCUGAGGCCAUGCAAGAGCCACUGAGCAUGCUGAGCAAGAUCAUAGGAGAAGAAAGCCCUGGCAGCUCCAAACCGGGAAAGUCUUCUGGUGCAGGGGACUCACCAACCUCACAAGGAAGCUGGGGAAGAGAAGGGAGUUGUAUUCCAAAGAGUACUGAAGAUGUGGCAGAAGGUACUCAUCUUAGGUGCUGGAGGACAACUGAUGGCGGGCAUAGCAGCACAGCAGACAUGCCCCUGAAAAAGCUCCAGAAGGGCUGCUUGAUACAUUCACCUGCCUGUCCAGAAUGCCACACCUGCAGCAGAAAUGACCUUUAUGGGAUUCAUACUUAUGGAGAUAUACUUCAGGUGGUGCAUCUCCAGAAUGGCUCCCAUGAGACACAUCAUAGAACUUACACCCAGUCUCGAAGUAGAGUACCAGGUGCAUCAUUGCCUUUUCAUUGUCUUUUACCUGUGGGUAUCCUCGCAUAUGGGCUCUUUGUGCUGCCUUUACCCUCCUACGUGACAGGACUGUCUGUGGGGGUUGCAUGUGGGUUCAUUCUGGGUCUUGUAGUUGUGUUCAUGUUUGAACCGCGACACUCCACUGCCAGGAGUAACCACAGCUCUCACUCCUGUAAGCCCAGAGCAUUGCGCAUGGAUCGACUGGACCGAAAGUUCAAGGAUGCAGAAAUCCAAGAGGGCUGGAUGAAUGAGGUGCACAGCUAUGACUCUGAAGCAUUCCAUCCGUCAAUCACUCAUUCCGUCUACGCCACCCUGGAGGGCAGCCGACUGCACCUGGCAUACCCACGUGCCAACAUCCCCCGGUGGGCAACUUUCAGCGAGACACCUCAGGAACCCGUGUUUUUGAGUUCACGCACCUACCAACUGGCUAACUGUAAGGUGACUCUGUUUCCUCCUGGUCUUGCCCAUAAAAGGAUGUGGAACAGGAAAUAUCCCAUCUGCAUCAGUCUGGCCGAGGGGGAGACAUGGGAGGAUACUCUGAUCGAAGAACAGGGGGAGAAAGAGGAGGACAGGACACUGAGACACACCAACCUUGACCAUCAGCCCCCUGUCACCCUGUAUUUGUUUGGCCGCACGGGACGGGAGAAGGAGGAGUGGUUUCAGCGCUUUGCGGCUGCUUCCAGAAGUGGAUCCAAAAGCAGUCAGAGCAGUGAGGAGAACACAGAUACUCUCUGUGCUGGAGACACUUGUAAAGAAAUUACAGACGAGCUGCACGACUUGCCAGGGACAACAAAAACAAGAACACUAUUGGACUACAGUGCCUACAUGACUCACCUUAUUGGAUCUGAGAGUUCCAAUCCAACAGCCAGCCCCUGCCACAGUGACAAAGGAAGCCCCUCAACCCACAAGAAGAUACAUAAUGAAGACAAUGGCUCUGGAGGUCAAGCUGAAGUUGAGCCUGAGGUCAGUUGUGGGGCAGGGGGAAAUGUCACAGAAGGCCAGACCACUUGGGUAAACUCGCUGGUGGGCAGGAUCUUCUGGGACUUUCUUCGAGAAAAAUACUGGACUGAGCAGGUGGCACGCAAGAUCCAAAAAAAACUCUCAAAGAUCAAGUUGCCAUACUUCAUGAAUGAGCUGACUUUGGCUGACCUGGACAUGGGCACCUGUCUACCACAGGUUCUCAGUACUUCUAAACCCACACUGGACCAAAGAGGCCUGUGGCUGGAGCUGGAGGUAAUGUACACAGGCUGUCUUCAGAUGACCCUAGAGACUAAGAUGAACCUUUGUAAACUGGGUAAGGAUAGAAAGGAUGACUCCCAUCAUGGUUCUCCAGAGACCCAACAAAUAGGCUCUAAACUGUGUAUACUGGCUGACAGCGAUGAAGAGUCAUCAAGUGCUGGGUCAUCUGAUGAAGAGGAAAUCCCUGCCUCUGAGCCACAGGGAUCUCUGGGAGAUAAGACAGUGGUGGCAACUGAUGGGCAUGCUGGUGGCAGUGCAAGUAGGAAGAUUCUGAGAUUUGUGGACAAGAUAGCUAAGUCCAAGUGCUUCCAGAAAGCCACAGAAAACGAAUACGUCAGGAAGAAGUUUGCAGAGGUGUCAAACAUGCCUCUCAUGCUCAGCAUUGAGGUUCUGGAGCUCUCGGGAACACUAGCUGUCAACAUCCCACCUCCCCCUACUGACAGAAUAUGGUACAGUUUCUGGGUGCCUCCCAGGUUAGACCUUCAUGUGCGCCCCAUGCUGGGGGAGAGAGAGGUCACCUUCACCCACGUCACUGAGUGGAUCGAGAGAAAGUUACAGUGCGAGUUCCAGAAAGUGUUUGUCAUGCCUAAUAUGGAUGAUCUGUAUCUUCCGCUGAUGACCUCAGGCCUGGAAAACCCUCCAGCAUCUCACUACUCCUCUGCCCAGUCAUCAUCUCAUCAGUCUUCUGUGGAGUCCCAAGAUUACCUGUCGGAAUAGCGCCCCCGAGGGGCAGCGGACGUGAAUCCUUCAUGCAAAACUAUUUACAUUUGCAGCACCGAAUCAUGAAGCUGCUGCUGCUGCUGCAGGGCACCAUCUUGGUAUUUAUUAUCAGUACUGCAUGGAUGCCUCCUGGAUGCACAUGUGAGAUGUUGUGUUUUACAGAAUAACACAAUUUAAUCACCGUUCAUGACAAUGACUUCAGAACUGGUGCUUCAGCUUUCCUGAUCGCUGUAGUGAAAAGACCUGAGGUAAGAAAACGCACAUUAUUCUAGCACAGAUCUUCAAGAAAGGAAUGUGUUGAUGCAAGCAUGAAUAAACUAGAACAGCACUCAGAAGAUGCACGUUUGGCAAGCAGGGAUGUUCCUUAGACUGUGACCCUGUACAAA